AUGAAGGCUGCUCUUGCCGUCUCACUCGUAGCUGCUCUUUCCGCAGGUGCAAAUGGUGGGGCUUCGAACAUCAAGUCACAUGUCUCCCCUGUCUUGCUAACGAGUUCCUCAGGAAAUCCCAUUGCCGCAGGAGAUGCCUAUCUUGAGGGCUUAACUACUUUUGGUCGCCUCCGUCGAGCCCUGCCCAACUCUCCAAACGGGUAUACUCCUUCAUUUCUGGAUUGUCCAAGCGAUGCCCCUUCGGUCAGAAGCGCUGCUCAGCUUUCCCCAGCAGAGACAUCAUGGCUAGAGAAGAGAAGGAACAACACAGUACAGCCGAUGCGAGACCUCUUGACCCGGCUGAAUAUUGAAGGAUUCGACGCUGGGUCUUAUAUCGAUAGGGUUGCCAACAAUGCCUCUGAACUACCGAAUAUUGGACUUGCCAUGUCGGGAGGUGGCUGGCGUGCUUUGAUGAACGGCGCCGGCGCCAUCAAAGCGUUCGACUCCAGGACGGAGAACAAUACCGGCAACGGUCAACUCGGCGGCCUCCUUCAGUCUGCGACCUAUCUAGCUGGUCUGAGUGGAGGCGGUUGGCUCGUCGGCUCCAUCUUUAUCAAUAACUAUACCACAGUUGGUGCCUUACAAGCCGACGACUCCGGCUCCGUGUGGGAGUUCGAAAACUCGGUUCUCGAAGGCCCGGACGAGGGCGGCCUGCAAAUCUUGGAUACCGCUCAAUAUUAUGCCAGCCUUUCCGACUCUGUCACAGGCAAACGAGAUGCUGGCUUUGAUAUAUCCCUAACCGAUGUCUGGGGCCGUGCACUAUCCUUCCAGCUGAUUAACGCAACAGAUGGAGGGCCAGCCUACACUUGGUCUUCGAUAAGUCUGGCUCAAGAUUUCCAGGAUGCCAACACCCCAUUUCCAGUUCUUGUAGCAGAUGCCCGGGCUCCAGGUGAGACUCUGAUUCCGGGUAAUACGACUGUCUACGAAUUCAAUGCGUUCGAGAUGGGCACUUGGGACCCGACAGCCUACGGCUUCAUUCCUAUGCAAUAUCUAGGCACCAAUUUCACCUCCGGUCGCGUACCAAACAACGACCAAUGCGUGGUUGGAUUUGAUAACGCUGGCUUCAUUAUGGGUACUUCGUCUUCCCUCUUCAAUCAGUUUCUUCUCAACCUAAAUGGCACCGAUAUCCCCGAGUCGUUGAGGGGCAUCAUAGAUAGCAUCCUCUCUACGUUGAGCUCGGAGAACAACGAUAUUGCUGAUUACACGCCGAAUCCUUUCUUCCAUUACCAACCUGACACCAAUCCAUCGGCAAAUUCAUCUCGCCUCACCCUCGUUGAUGGUGGAGAGGACUUGCAGAAUAUCCCUCUCCAUCCGCUUAUCCAACCUAACCGGCAUGUGGAUGUUAUAUUUGCGGUUGACUCAUCCGCUGAUACCAACUACUUUUGGCCAAACGCCACCGCCCUUGUUGCGACUUAUCAGCGAUCACUAGCUGAUGUAGCAAAUGGCACUGCUUUCCCAAGUAUUCCGGAUCAGAAUACUAUUGUCAACCUUGGUCUCAACACACACCCAACCUUCUUUGGCUGCGAGACUGCCAAUAUGACCGAUGGCAUCAAUGUUCCGUUGAUAGUCUACAUUCCCAACUCUCCAUAUAUUACAUUCAGCAACUUUUCAACUUUUAGUCUAGAGACAAACAACACCUACCGAGACGCUGUCAUCCUCAAUGGCCAGAAUGUUGCAACAAUGGGCAACGGCACGGUCGAUGAGACAUGGCCGGUCUGUGUUGGUUGCGCUAUCUUGAGCCGAAGUCUUGAACGUACCGGCACGGAUGUUCCAGAUGCUUGUAGCCAGUGUUUUCAACGUUUCUGCUGGGACGGAACCGUCAAUUCUACCCAACCUCCACCAUACGAGCCUACUCCAGUUCUAGGCCAGAUCAACAUCCAAAGCAGUGCAGCCACAAGGUCUAUCAACUGGUUGACUGUCGGUAUUGCGGGUGCUGUUGCGAUCGCCAGUUUGUAA